GAGUGAGGUUGCUGUCCCUCGUUUUCUUCCACCAAAUCUCUUCCCAUUCAUUGGGUUUUAAUUUUUCGGUCUGAUUUUAUCUGGGUUGUUCUCCUUAUAGGCUGAGGUUGCUGUUUUAUUUUUCUUGAUCGAGUUAUAGAAAAAAGGAUAUGUUUUUGGUUGAUUGGUUUUAUGGGGUUCUAGCAUCACUUGGUCUUUGGCAAAAGGAAGCUAAGAUUUUGUUUUUGGGGCUUGAUAAUGCUGGAAAGACCACCUUGCUUCACAUGUUAAAGGAUGAGAGAUUAGUUCAGCAUCAACCAACGCAGUACCAAACUUCAGAAGAAUUGAGUAUUGGGCAAAUCAAGUUCAAAGCUUUUGAUUUGGGUGGUCAUCAGGUCGCUCGCAGAGUGUGGAAGGACUAUUACGCUAAGGUAUAUAAUCAUAAACUCUAUGAGGUUGAUCAAUGGUGGUGGUGGUGACACUUGUGGGUUUUACUUAUAAAAUUCUAACUCUAGUUUUGCUGUUUUUG